CGUAAGCUUGCUACACAGUCCACAAGCCAAUUCCUCUCGGCUCCCAACCAAACCUCAGAAACCAAAACCCUAAAGCCUUCAUACGCCCUCCUCUCUGUGCGACAAUGGCGGACGCUUCGAGUUCGAUGAAGAAGGUGAAGAAUUUUAUCUGUUCCGGAACUUCGAAUUCGGUGGAGACGGUGAGAUCGUUUCUCAAUUCUCAGAUUCAUGACGAGGAAAAGUGGGCCUUGAACAUGAAAUUGCUUCGAGCAGCUGGAAUGUUUGCAGGAUCUAUCCUUCUCAUGCGGAAUUAUGGUGAUCUUAUGGCAAUAUGAGAGCUAAAGAAAGGGCAGCAAUUCUUAGCUCAUAAGUUUUCGCUAUUUUUGGGUUUGUUACAGCUCUAUUAGAUUUCUGAUAGGAAGUUUCAAUUUUUUCUUUUGGUCUUGAUAAUGUUGAAUUGAUGAGAAUGUAUUCUCUUUUUCCCCUUUAAAGUAGACUGAAUUUUCCAUGUAGAACAGAUGGAAAUAUGAAAACUGAAAUCCAAAACAUUUAUUAAACCUCUAAAACUGUAGCUCUACCUUCUUCCCACCUGCAUAAUAAGAGAUUCUUUUUCACCUUCUCA